GCCAGGCACCGGAAGCCGCUCUUGUCUUGCUCCUGCGCCCGCAGCUUGGCCUCCAUUUUGCCUCAGAAGGAGCCGCCGAGGCGGGGAAGGGCCUCCGCUCUCCUUCCUCGGCCCAGGAAGGCCCAGCCAGCCGGGAAAGGCAGCUGUAAACCUCUAAGAAGAGACCUUCCUUCCCAUCUUUUUGGCUUUACCCUCCCCUGCCUUUCCAAGAAGUUUGACCCGACAAUCCACAGCUAUGUCUGACUUUGUGGAAAGCGAAGCUGAAGAAUCUGAGGGAGAAUACGGUGAAGAUGGAGAAGUUGUGGCCAGGCCGACCAAGAAGUUUGUGGAGGAUGAAGACGAGGAGGAGGAAGAGGAGAACCUGGAUGACCAGGAUGAACAAGGGAACUUGAAGGGCUUCAUUAACGACGAUGACGACGAAGAAGAGGAGGAGGAGGAGGAGGGCAGCGACUCGGGGGACUCGGAUGACGAAGUGGGGCGGAAAAAGCGGAAGCGCAAUUUUGAUGAUCGCCUGGAGGACGAUGACUUCGACCUCAUCGAGGAGAACUUGGGCGUCAAAGUUAAACGGCAAAAGUUCCGACGGGUGCGGAAGAUGUCAGACGAUGAGGACGACGAAGAGGAGGAUCCGGGAAAAGAGGAGCACGAGAAGGAGGCCAUUGCCGAAGAGAUCUUCCAGGACGGAGAAGGCGAGGAGGGGGCCGAACCCGCAGAAGGCCCCGUUGUGGCCCCGGAGGAAGACGAGGAGGAGGACGAAGAUGAGUCUGACAUUGACGACUUCAUUGUGGACGAUGAUGGGCAGCCCCUGAAGAAGCCCAAAUGGAGGAAGAAGCUGCCUGGCUACACGGAUGCGGCCCUCCAAGAGGCCCAGGAUAUCUUUGGCGUCGACUUUGACUACGAUGAGUUUGAGAAGUACAACGAAUACGACGAGGAGAUGGAGGACGAGUACGACUACGAGCCGGAAGAGGCCGAGGGCGAGACCCGGGCCCGGCCCAAGAAGACGGCCAAGAAGCGGGUCAGCCGGCGCAGCAUCUUUGAGCUCUACGAACCCAGCGAGCUGGAGAGCAGCCACCUGACCGACCAGGACAACGAGAUCCGGGUGACGGACAUGCCCGAGAGGUUCCAGUUGCGCACGAUCCCUGUGAAAAACGCCGAAGACGACGAAUUGGAAGAGGAAGCCGACUGGAUCUACCGGAACGCCUUUGCCAUGCCCACCAUCUCCCUGCAGGAGAGCUUGGAGUACUUGGACCGGGGCCAGGCCAGCAGCAGCUUCAGCCGCAAGGGACCCAGCACCAUCCAGAAGAUCAAGGAGGCCCUCAACUUCAUGCGCAACCAACACUUUGAGGUUCCCUUCAUCGCCUUCUACAGGAAGGAAUAUGUGGAGCCGGAGCUGCACAUCAAUGACUUGUGGCGGGUCUGGCAGUGGGACGAAAAGUGGACUCAGCUGAAGAUCCGGAAGCAGAACCUGACCCGCCUCUUUGAGAAAAUGCAGGCCUACCAAUAUGAGCAGAUCUCGGCCGACCCGGACAAGCCUUUAGCCGACGGCAUCAGAGCCUUGGAUACGACCGACAUGGAGAGGCUGAAGGACGUCCAGUCCAUGGACGAGCUGAAGGACGUCUACAACCACUUCCUGCUCUACUACGGCCGGGACAUCCCCAGGAUGCAGAACGCGGCCAAGGCCAGCCGCAAGAAGCAGAAGCGCCUCCGGGAAGACGGCGAGGAGGAGGAAGUGGAGGGAGAGGAUGCCGAAGAGGAGGAGCAGAAGGCUCCGGAGCUGAAGCAGGCCUCCCGCCGGGACAUGUACACCAUCUGCCAGGCCGCCGGUCUUGAUGGUCUGGCAAAGAAGUUUGGCCUGACGCCCGAACAGUUUGGGGAGAACCUGCGGGACAGUUACCAGCGCCACGAGACGGAGCAGUUCCCGGCCGAGCCCUUGGAGCUGGCAAAGGAUUACGUCUGCAGCCAGUUCCCCACCCCGGAGGCCGUCCUGGAAGGAGCCUGCUACAUGGUGGCCCUCCAAAUCGCCCGCGAGCCCCUCGUCCGGCAAGUCUUGCGCCAGACCUUCCAGGAGCGGGCCAAGAUCAACGUCUGCCCAACAAAGAAAGGCAAGAAGGACAUCGACGAGGCCCAUUACGCCUAUUCCUUCAAGUACCUGAAGAACAAGCCGGUGAAGGAGCUGCGGGAUGACCAGUUCCUGAAGAUCUGCUUGGCCAAAGACGAGGGCCUCCUCGCCAUCGACAUCUGCAUCGACAUGAAGGGCGUGGAAGGCUACGGCAGUGACCAGACCUACUUUGAGGAGAUCAAGCAGUUCUACUACCGGGACGAGUUCAGCCACCAGGUCCAGGAGUGGAACCGGCAGCGGACGCUGGCCAUCGAACGGGCCCUGAACCAGUUCCUCUACCUGCAGAUGGCCAAGGAGCUCAAGAACAAGCUGCUGGUGGAGGCCAAGGAGUUCGUCAUCAAGUCUUGCAGCAGGAAGCUCUACAACUGGCUCAAGGUGGCUCCCUACCGCCCGGACCAGCAGGUCGAAGAGGACGACGACUUCAUGGACGAGAACCAAGGGAAGGGCAUCCGCGUGCUGGGCAUUGCCUUCUCCUCGGCCAGGGACCACCCUGUCUUUUGCGCUCUGGUCAACGGGGAAGGAGAAGUGACCGACUUCCUCCGCCUGCCGCACUUCACCAAGCGCCGGAACGCCUGGCGGGAGGACGACCGGGAGAAGAAGGCUCAGGAUAUUGAGACGCUGAAGAAGUUCCUGCUCAGCAAGAAGCCCCACGUGGUCACCAUUGCCGGAGAGAACAGGGAUGCCCAGAUGCUGAUGGAGGACGUGAAGCGCAUUGCCCACGAACUGGAGCAAGGGCAGCAGCUCUCCUCCAUCGGGGUGGAGCUGGUGGACAACGAGCUGGCCACCCUCUACAUGAACAGCAAGAAGUCCGAGACUGAAUUCCGGGACUACCCUCCGGUCCUGCGCCAGGCCGUCUCUCUCGCCCGCCGCAUCCAGGACCCCUUAAUCGAGUUUGCUCAGGUCUGCAGUUCGGACGACGACAUCCUCUGCCUCAAGCUCCACCCCUUGCAGGAGCACGUGGUGAAGGAGGACCUCUUGAACGCCUUGUACUGCGAGUUCAUCAACCGGGUCAACGAGGUCGGGGUGGACGUCAACCGGGCCAUUGCCCACCCGCACAGCCAGGCCCUCCUCCAGUAUGUCUGCGGCCUGGGGCCCCGCAAGGGCACCCACCUCCUCAAGAUCUUGAAGCAGAACAACACGCGGCUGGAGAACCGCACCCAGCUGGUCACGAUGUGCCACAUGGGGCCCAAAGUCUUCAUCAACUGCGCAGGAUUCAUCAAGAUCGACACGGCUUCCUUGGGAGACAGCACGGACUCCUACAUCGAGGUGCUGGACGGGUCAAGAGUCCACCCGGAGACCUACGAAUGGGCCCGCAAGAUGGCGGUGGACGCCUUGGAGUACGACGAGUCCGCCGAGGACGCCAACCCGGCCGGUGCCUUGGAGGAGAUCCUGGAGAACCCCGAGCGCCUCAAGGACCUGGACCUGGACGCCUUCGCGGAAGAGCUGGAGAGACAGGGCUACGGGGACAAGCACAUCACGCUCUACGACAUCCGGGCUGAGCUCAGCUGCCGCUACAAAGACCUGCGCAGCCUCUACCGCUCCCCCAACGCAGAAGAGGUCUUCAAUAUGCUGACCAAGGAGACGCCCGAGACCUUCUACAUCGGGAAACUGAUCAUCUGCAACGUGACGGGAAUUGCCCACCGGCGUCCGCAAGGAGAGAGCUACGACCAGGCCAUCCGGAACGACGAGACGGGCUUAUGGCAAUGCCCCUUCUGCCAGCAGGACAACUUCCCCGAACUCAGCGAGGUCUGGAACCACUUUGACAGCGGCUCCUGCCCCGGCCAGGCCAUCGGGGUCAAGACCCGCCUGGACAACGGGGUUAUGGGCUUCAUCCCCACCAAGUUCCUUAGUGACAAAGUGGUCAAGCGGCCGGAGGAGAGGGUCAAGGUGGGGAUGAUGGUGCACUGCCGCAUCAUGAAGAUCGACAUUGAGAAGUUCAGCGCGGACCUGACCUGCCGGACCUCGGACCUGAUGGACAAGAGCAACGAGUGGAAGCUGCCCAAGGACACGUACUAUGACUUUGACGCCGAAGCCGCCGACCACAAACAGGAAGAGGAAGUCAAGAGGAAGCAGCAGCGCACCACGUACAUCAAGCGUGUGAUUGCGCACCCGUCCUUCCACAACAUCAACUUCAAGCAGGCCGAGAAGAUGAUGGAGUCGAUGGACCAGGGGGACGUCAUCAUCCGGCCCAGCAGCAAAGGGGAGAACCACCUGACCGUCACCUGGAAGGUCUGCGAGGGCGUCUCCCAGCACGUGGACGUCCGCGAGGAGGGCAAGGAGAACGCCUUCAGCCUGGGGGCCACCCUCUGGAUCAACACCGAGGAGUUUGAGGACCUGGACGAGAUUGUGGCCCGCUACGUCCAGCCCAUGGCCUCCUUCGCAAGGGACCUCCUCAGCCACAAAUACUACCAGGAUUGCCAGGGCGGAGACAGGAAGAAACUGGAGGAGCUUCUGAUCAAGACCAAGAAGGAGAAGCCCACCUUCAUCCCGUACUUUGUCUGCGCCUGCAGAGACCUCCCGGGCAAAUUCCUUUUGGGCUACCAGCCGCGGGGCAAACCCAGGAUCGAAUAUGUGACAGUGACGCCGGAAGGCUUCCGCUACCGGAACCACAUCUUCCCCACCGUUAAUGGGCUUUUCCGGUGGUUCAAGGACCACUACCAGGACCCCGUUCCAGGGGUCACUCCCAGCAGCAGCAGCAGGACCCGGACUCCGGCCUCAAUCAAUGCCACUCCGGCCAACAUCAACCUGGCGGACCUGACCCGCGCCGUCAACGCCCUCCCGCAGACCAUGACCUCCCAGAUGUUCAGCGCCAUCGCGGCCGUGACGGGCCAAGGGCAGAACCCCAACGCCACCCCUGCGCAGUGGGCCUCCAGCCAGUAUGGAUACGGAGGCGGCAGCGGCGGAGGGAGCAGCGCUUACCACGUCUUCACGACGCCCGCCCAGCAGCCGGUGGCCACCCCGCUGCUGACGCCCAGCUAUUCGUACACGACGCCCAGCCAGCCCAUCACCACCCCGCAGUACCACCAGCUCCAGGCCAGCACCACCCCCCAGUCCACCCAGUCCCAGCCCUCCUCCAGCUCCGGACAGCAGCAGCCGCCGCCACAGCUGCCGCCGCAACAGAGGCAGCCCCAGCCCAAGUCCAGCUCCUCCAGCUCACACACGGCCAUCGACUGGGGCAAGAUGGCCGAGCAGUGGCUCCAGGAGAAGGAGGCCGAGCGGCGGAAGCAGAAGCAGCAGCGCCUGACCCCGAGGCCCUCCCCGAGCCCCAUGAUCGAGAGCACCCCCAUGUCCAUGGCCGGGGACGCCACCCCGCUCCUGGACGAGAUGGACCGGUAGUCCUCCCCACCGACCCCCCACCAACCAGCAAGCAAGCAAGCAAGCCUCCUCCCUCUUUCUCUGC